AUGGCGAAAUGGAGGGAUCUUGGAGAGGUCCCCGACUCGGACGAAGAAAGUCUUCUCGAUAGCGAGGAAUCACAGCCGCUCGAGCUGCCACCACCACUUCCACGCGAGGAGAUCCAAGAGCCGGCAGUCGAGAGCACAAGCCGCGAAUAUGCCUCUGUAUGGGAUAUACCGCCUUCUUCAUCUCCAUCGGGAAUCCUAGAAAGCGGGAUCGCGCCGUCGCGGCCAAGAAUUGAGGUUCACAUUCCAACAAGGCCAAUACAACAGGAACCCGACUCUUCACCACUCUCCACCCCCGAUAUUAGCGAUGAUGAAGACACAAUACCUCCGGCUCAAAUCAGGAGUGAUAUUCAGGAAACAUUGGGAAUUCAAGAUCAGCGCGAAGAGGCACCUAGGCCACAAUUCGAGCCAAGCACCACCGCAGAAGCCAUACCGUCGCCUGUGAUCGUGGACGAUGACGACGACGACGACGACGAAAUAGUAGCUCGGCGAGAGUCUGCCCGGUUUGGCCGGUCAUUGAGACCACGAAAGCCCAUACAGGAGCACCCUUAUCUUCUCGAGAAUGCCCAGUAUAGCACUCUAUUCAAGACGCACGGCAUUCGGCCAGUCAGGCUGCCCCCAGCGGAGGAACGGCAGAGGGCGCAAGAGCAGGAUUCGCAAGAGCAGGAUUAUGAGGACGACAGCCAGCUCACGAAUGGCAACGGCCAGGACUAUGCGACUGAGGAGUCUCAGCAGGCUCUUAUUUUAGACUCAUUCGAUGAUGACCGGGACGAGUUGGCACUAUCAUCUCCCACGAGGCCUUCUCCAUCACCCAGACGACCCCCGGCCUCGCAAGAGAUGCCGAACAGCUCACAAAAUGACGAAGAUCUUCCAUCGCUUGGUGAAUUGUUCAAGAAGCGCUUGAAUGACAAAACAACGACUUAUGCCAAGCGGAAAGGCUCUCCCAAACAAUCGUCGAGACACAAGGCAGCGAAGCUCAGACAGCUUGUCCGUGCUACUGAAGUACCGAAAUCUCCACAAGCUCAGUCACUCGACAUCUUUGAUAUUCCACCGUCUCCGCCUCACACGAGUCCUGCCUUCUACUCUACGAUUGGAGCAGGCGAUUUCGCGAAAGCAGGACUAGGGGUUGGUGUUCUCACCCCAAAACCCAGCAGUGUAAUCGCUUCUCGUGAUCCAACGCCAGCGCCAGCAACAUUUGUGAGACAUACCGUAGAUCUCACCAAUAUCUCAGAUUUCGGUUCAGACGAUGAUCCUCUGACUCAUGAAGACGCUGAUCGAGAAAGCCGAAGUCGGUCCGCAAGCCGCAGUCCGAAACCGAAUAUGGCAGUCGAAAAACGUCGAAUUAAAGGUGUACUUCCGGCGUCAUGGAUUACGCUAGACCAGCAGGUUCCAAACAGCAAGACACGGAGACUUGUUCACAGGAGUCCCGAGCGGUCACCAGACAAAGCCAAGCGCAAAGGGGUGGCUCAACGACGCCAGUUGUCUACGAAGCACUCCAGCAAUAUUCCCUUUAUUCUCGAUGAUUUUGAUGACGAUGAUACGAACUUACGAAAUGACGAAAUUUCCAACAUUCUCGAAACAGUCGAUGUUCCUGACUUUGAAGACGACGCAGGAUCCGUGGUUGAAGAAAAUCACAUCGAUCACAUGCUACCAGGGAGGAAAAGGACCAGUGCAGAAUUAGAGCCUAGCGUGCGCCCUGCAGUAAAGAGGCUGAAGACGCAAAAGGCUUUCAACGGACAAUCUGGCGUACGAAAGCGACAGCAGAGAAUCACUGGCAUGCUGGAUACUCCCAAAAGCGAUGCAUCAGCGCGGAGAUCACGACCAAUGCAGACCAAUAGAAGACCAAGACCUUCAAGGAAUAGGAGGGUUGCUUAUCAUGCCACACCACCAAGGUUGAGCAUUAUUGACGUUAUUGACGCGGACGCACCACAAUUCCUUAAGGUGGCGGCUCGUGCAGCGAACCGGCGCAAGGAGAAGGGAAAAUCUAGUCCUACUCGCAAAUACAUCAAUCUUGGCUCCCGCCAGGACAAUAUAGAUGUGCUCGGUGUAUUACACGACUGGAAGACUGGGAAAUUACGUUCGAAAUUGCCAUCAGCGACUUCAGUGCAGCACACAGCCGAUCCUCGGCCUCUUCAGCCCAUUUCUGAUAACCCGUUAUACCAGCCUCGGGUCUCGAUGGGGAACAUGCAUUCUCUGCCCACGAACCGCUUCUCACAAUCCAAGAGACUAGUCAAACAAGCCACUAUUGACGGUUUCGUUGAUCGUCAAGCUGGUGUGCAUGAAUCACGGCCAAGAAGCUUGCCUGGUGAGUCAGAGCGUACGGCAACAGCUACAGUUCGACGACUCCUCGGCCGCUCCAAAUCUCAAGGGUCGUCUCUGAGACCGGCCCAACUCGAGACAGCCAGCAAUGAUCAAGUAAAUCGACGAUUGUUUCAUGCUCGCAAAAAGAUCCUCGACAACAUCUAUCGUCGAAGUGGGAAGACCCAGUCAUCUGCUGCCAGUAUUCAGUUGGAGCACGCCUUUCGAGGCCAGGCCCCCCAACCAGAACUUCCGCCACCAAGAGAAACAGCUAUUGAUAUUGACACGCAUUCUGUCCAUCACAAGCCACGAGCACGGCAAAGGAAGCUCCAUCGGCCGAGACAGAUUGAUAUAGCUGCACCCCAAUAUGUGCAUGCCAAUGACCCAUUGCCCGAAGAGCAAGAACGUGAUUUGGCGUUUGAGCCAGUCGGUGUCGCAGAGCAUAUCAGUGACAACAAAUUGCUGGGAUUGGGACCAUUUGGUUCCCAUUAUACUCAGCAUUUUGAAGUCUUCCCGCUUGAUGCUGGCGUACAUUUCCACGAGAGCACAAUCCUCGGUCAAGGUCGGAUCUCGAAGGCGUUGAUGGGCAAAGAGUCAGAUAUCAUGACCAAGCCAAGAGGCUCAAGAUCUCUGAUCUUGGGCGAACAAGUGCUUCAAUGGGACACUUGGACUGCCAACACCUCAUCUGAGUUUGGAGUACUUUUCGACUGGAUAGCAGACAAGGUGCAGGAUAGCUCCAAAAGCAUCGGUAAUGCCAAUGCGCCCACAUUGACGGCGACCCAAGCUGCCGAUUUUUGCGUCGAUUACGUCCAAGAGAAUCUCAGUUUCCCAGAUUUGGAGAGUGGUAGACUAUUUGUGCGUCGCAUUCUAGAGGUCAUCUCUGGAUUUCUCAGUCGUCUGCCCUCAUCAAUAGCAGAAUCUUCAGACUUGCGGCAGAUUGUCGAGGUAUUGACACGAGCUCUCCUGGUUGUGCUGCACGCGUUACGAAUUUGUGAAGCGCUCAAUCUCACAGAAGCUCUGCAGGUUGAAGAUCUCCUGACAAAGACAGCAAAGCAGACCGCCCAUGCCCUGCUACAGUCUGAUCUGAGAGAACUAGUCACUUUCCACGACGAGUUACAAGUUCGUGCUGCAAGGUCUCGAGGAGUGCGCAACGAAAACUACUCCAUCAUUGGUUGGGUAACAUUGAUCCGACUUCUGCAAGAUUGUCGUAUUCCUCGGGCCAGUUUCUGGGAUGUUGUCUCCUCGGCGAUGUUGGAACCACGCAUCACGUCACUCAACGAUGCGCAAACUUUCGAACGUCUGUGGCACACUCUUUUCUUGCUGCUCCCUCUCGGUGAGUUUGAUAAUGCAGGCGUUGUGGUCCCUGGUUUUCGAAACACAUCACCACUUGAGGGCUGGAAUCUCCCCCAGAAGCUACUGAACCGAGUCUUCGAGCUGUACAAGGUUAAUCAACGUCAAUCGCCGAGUUUCAACGACUAUUGCCGCUCUCUCGUCAGUCGUUGUCACUAUCUUGUGGAACAAUGGGGAUGGCGGAGGCCGAACAGUGUAAUUGGCACCAUCUUCGACUUCUUUGCUGCUCAGAAUUUAUCACACUUGCGAAACGAGGAAGUAUACAAGUCGCCGGAUUUUCUCGAACGUCUUGAAGGUCCCGUGUCUUUGACCGUGCAGCCAGAGGACCGCUGCUUCCACAUCUUUUUGAAGCUUGUGGGGUUGUCAAUACAGCGGCUGAGAAGGUACGGCUUGAUCAAGGACGUCAAGAAUUUGACUGCUCGCCUCCUUCCGAAUCAUGACCGCCAGUACCUCAAGGAGAGCGAUAUUCACGAGAACGAUUUGGCGUCUUUGAGAAAUCAUCACGAUCUGCUAUGUACACUAUUUUGGUGCUCGCCUCAGGAUCUGCGUCCAAAUCUGCAAAUGCUCGAGAAGCUGGUUAUUCCUGGUAGCUCGCACAAGGAGGCCUGCCUCAUUAAUUUGAGGGCUUGGAAUCAACUAGCACGAUUUAUUGCUUCAGCAGGAGAAGACAAGGACAUAUAUAAGCCCUUCACAGCAUGGCAAAACAAUGUUUUCAAACAGGUUCUCGACCAGUAUUCUUCGGUCGAGUCGGACAUUCAACAACAAUUCCUUCGAAUGUCCAAAGAUGCUUCAAAUGGAGUCAGCCCAGAAUUGGUCAAGAGGGUCAUCAACAUGAACAAGCAGGCUGCUAUUGAUGUCUUGCAUUUCUCUUUGAAGGCCAAUUUAGAUGUUAUGCGGCACGCACGGUCACUUGCUGCGGCCUCAUACAUUUUGAAUACAUACCAACUCCACGAGGUAUUCAACCGUAUGAGCUUGGCAAAGCCCGAUUUUGAUUGGAACACCCUUGGAGUUGCCGUGGAGAUUGUCGAUCAUUACGUUGCGCGUAUCGAAAAUUUCAUGGCCGUAACUGAUAUUUCGCAUUCCGACGAUUCAUGGCAUGGUGAGGAUGCACUCAUGAAACUCGAUCGCCAUGUUGCGAUUCCGUUUUUCUCUAUGGCCAGAACACUCUUGGCAGACGCCGAAGAGAAAACUUCGAGUCUCAAUGGUGGAAAGCCAACCUGCCUUGCAAGAACAACCACAGUUGCGGGUCGUCUGGCGGCCCUGUUCUUGCGUCACGGUGUUACACGGCUGGUGUCAUUCUUCUCGUCUGGAAAAUAUGGCCUAUUUGAAGGACCUUCGAAAUUGUCUCUUCACGCCAGACGGUACCUGUGUCUUUUUAUGAAAAUCCUCAUUGAGAGAAAGAUCACGGAUUUCAAGGCCAUCAAUGUCACCCCCCUCGAGGUAUUCCUCUGUGCUAUUGCCAAGCCUUUUGACGGACUAGCAUACGAGUACCAAUUGGCAGACGCUCUCAAGAGACAAGGCGAUGAUUGUUUCAAGGACAUCAUUGUGCCAACCCAGCAUCCCGAUUACGGGAUCAAUCGGGACCUCUUUGAUCGUCUCCUCUCCCUCAUGCGGAGAACUUUGCGUUUCGCAGCGGCAAGCCAAAGGCAGCAUAUACAGCAAGAGUAUUCCAAGGCGCUGAAGUCCAUGAUGGAGCAGAUGAAAAUGGAUCUCAAGGCCAUCGUUCAUGAUACUGCUGCGCACAUGACUUUUAUGCAGUUUGUGCGAUCGAUAAUUCCUCUCAUCAAGAAACACGACUUCUGCCCAGUUGACAACUUCUUCUACCAAAUCAGCCACGAAUUCUCCCCAUCGGCUCAGGAUCCUCGCCUACAAACGGCACAAAUCCUAUCGUAUGGCUUGAAACUCGAGGAUGGAGAUGUCAGAUCAGUCUCGACACUGUUUUAUUUUCUCUAUUCAAACUUCAAGAUUGCCAUGGCCAAUGGGAAACUCGAGCAAGAGCGGGCAAUUUUGCGAAAAGGAAUAUGGAACCCCCAUAUUUUCUCCUUCAUGCUUGACCGGAUGUUUCCGUCGAUCGUCAAAAGUGUGUCAAAGGUACCCGAGGCAUGGCUAUUGCUUGACACUUAUGUCGGUUCAUUGGAGGAUCUUUUAGAUGGCUACCUUGAAUCUGAGGAAUCUGACAGACCGUACAUAUAUCGGAGCAUUGGCCAGGAAGAUAUGGGCAGUAUUCUGGCCCUCAUGAGAUCUGUGUCAGCCGCUAUAAAUGAGUUGAGCAGCUUACAAAUGACGGCCGUGGGGUUGGACCAAUUGCGCCUUCUUUCACUGUUGGUGAAACUCUUGAAUCUUCUAGGACCGUCCCUAGUGGCAUUCUUAUGCCUGCCAGAAAACUCGAGGACGGUCACAGGAAGAGCGUUGAACCGAGAGAUCGAGUCUUUCACCGACUUUACGCGCGCCGCCAGCGAGUACCUCUGUGGAAUUAUACAGGCUGCAGCGACUGGUGAAGAAGUCCGAUUCCGAAUUGACCCACUGCUUCUCCUCGAAGAGAUGCAGUUCUAUUCGGGGGACCCAAAUUUGAAUAGCAAUGAGCACAUUGGAAAUUUCAGCAAGCACAUAGAGGAUGAUAUACAGCGGACUUGGCUCAACACUGGGUCAGUCAUCUCGGUCAGAGGUCCACCAAAACCCACUGCUCCAUCGACACAGUCGGGGCAGGGCACAGCGGUGCCGAGCAGGAGCAUCCAAGACGCGACACACGAGCUGUACGAGCAGUUGGAAGGAUGGAACCGAAUGUUUGAUCAAUCGCCUUCUACGGCCUGGAAGAGACGUCCAACAGUCCCAGAUGAGGUGUUCUUGUUCUGA